AUGGCAUGGCCAUCCUCCGCAAGUGAAAAUCCAUUGGCACCGCGAGUCCCCGGCGACGUCCUAGUGUUCAAAACCUCGGCAGAUGCAGGAUGGGAGUUACAGGCGAACCUCACGCAAAUAGCAAGCCAGAACGUGACCUUGCCAAAUGAUUGGGUAUCAAAUGUAGCCCUGAGUAGUGAUAUCGUCGUGGCCUUCGGCGUGGAUGGACUUAGCUGCAUCUACACCUUCAAGCGCGACGGAGCUUCCUGGAUUUUCUUGGGAAAGCAAUGUGUUCCCGAUGACACCACGUCCAUGGCUCUCGGGGGAGACUUACUCGUCCUUGGGGAUUACGGUUCCCAGACCUUCCAGCUGCAAGGAUCAAUCUGGUCACUUGUGCCCACCGCAGAACUGCAAGGGCAAUCAAGCCUCUACAAAACCGACGGUCGGACUUUAGCGUUUCUGGGAGACGUGGUGUCCGUCUACCACUGGGCUGGGAGCUUCUGGUCCAACGUGGCAACCAUCCCAGCCCCCAGCAAUCCGGUAGUGGGUCUCGGAGUGGACGUGGACGGAGACUACAUCAUUGCGGCAUGGAUGUCCUUUGCAGAUGCAAAUUAUGUGACGGUGAUCUACGAAGAGCAAGGCGGGCUGUGGCCAGAAGUCUUCCGGAUCAACCACGGCGAUCGGCAACCGACGCUAGUCGGAGUCUCAUCCUCCGGCAAGGCCGUCGUGGGUCGUGCGGAUGCUUACUUCUCCACAGUGACCAUCAUAGAGGUGGGUUCCAACGGAACAUGGGCCGUGACUCAGUCCUUCAACUUCGACCGACCGUACCCCUCUGCUGGUUUUGCCAGCGCAGCGAUAUCAGCGACUUCGCUUGCCUUGGCAGAGUGGGUGCCCAUAGAUGCAAUUGAGCAAAGGUCCGUUGGAAGGAUCUUGGCAUGCAACAGCACGGCCUUGUCCGCGACCACCAGCGUGCCUUUGCCGCAUUAUCGGCCUUACUAUCGGAGAUGCUACCAUCCUAGAUGCCGUAGAAGCCAUCGUCGAGGCCAGGAUGUGUUCAUAGUUCUGAUCUUGCUGAGCAGCUGCAGCGGCGCAGCAAGUCUAAAUGAUGUGGAGAUCUAG